AUGCCCGGCAAGCAACUGCACUCCAUCCCCGCCCUCGAGAAAGAGAUCGCCGAUCUCGAGUAUCGCCUCCACAAUGCCCGAUAUCGCCUCGCGGAGGCCACAGGGACGCCGACAGAAUCCGUCUCUCCCAGCGUCGACGACGACUCCUCAUACCUCUCUCUCCCUGAAGAUACCACACCAGUAAAUCCUACCCAUCAUGCCCUCCUUCUCCUCUCCGAUUCCGCCCUCCCACUGGGCUCCUUCGCCUACUCCAGCGGGCUGGAGUCUUACAUCGCACACAACAAACCCCUUCCUCCCACCGUCACUCCCACUGCCUCCUUCCACCGCUUCCUCAAGCUCUCCAUUGCCUCGAUGGCGAGUACCUCUCUCCCAUACGUUCUCGCCGCCUACCGGCGACCGCAUGAGCUGGAAACCCUCGACAAUGACCUCGACGCGUCGACGCCAUGCGUGGUCGCCCAGCGGGCGAGCGUCGCGCAGGGCCGCGCGCUGAUCGGCGUCUGGGAGCGCGCCUUCCGCGGCACCUAUGCCAGCGACCCGUUCCUGGCCGGCCCCACGGCCACCAAGGCCGUCAAGACCAUUGAGGCGUUCUCCGACGCCUUGAAGAUGUCCUCCGACGAUACCGACUCUCUCGGUCCGAAGGGCCAUUUCGCCCCCCUGUGGGGCGUCGUCUGUCUGGCCCAUGGGCAUGGACGCCCGCCAGACGGCCCUACGUCUUUAUGCUGA